CUGAGCUAACUCUCAUCAUGGUUUAUUAUAUUUUGGUUUCCAGGUACUGAUGCCACCACCAUGCCGGCUUUCAGGCAAGUUGGAGAGAAGCAGCUUCCUCAAGAAGUUAUUUUUAUGGCCUGGUCUCCUAAGAGGGAUCUCAUCGCCCUGGCAAACAGAGUGGGGGAGUGAAGAAAAAUCGGAUGAAAUUAUGAAACUCAUGGGAGACGUCAGGCUUAAUGCCCUGGUUCUUGGAGGCAUUGAUGGGUUCAUUGAGAUCUAUGCUUACGGAAUGUACAAGAUUGCGAGCAUAACAGGGGUGACAGGUUCCUGCCUUGCGCUGUGCUUAUCCAGCGACCUGAAGUCACUUUCGGUUGUGACAGAAGUAGACGAUUGUCCGGACUCCGAUCCCGAAAUAACCUACUUCCAAUACAUAAAGCUUUCGCUGACCUGCAUGUGUGAAGCUUGGGAAGAAAUAUUGUUGCAGAUGGAUUCGCGAUUAACCAAGUUUGUGCAGGAGAAGAAUACAACUACGUCUGUUCAAGAUGAAUUUAUGGAGUUACUUUUGUGGGGCAAAGCAAGUGUUGAACUUCAAGCUCUGCUAAUGAACCAGCUCACCGUCAAGGGUUUAAAAAAGCUUGGACAUGAAUUUCCUCCAGUGGUAAAACUGGGAAUGGAGCAGUUUCGGGGGUAAGAAUGCUGUUAAAACUACCGGAUACCAGGGGAGUGGGAGGGGGAAGAAAAAAAAAAUCAGGUUUCUUGUAAAAAUUAUGUUUUAACACUCCCACAAUAGAUAAAGACGAGUUUUGACGUACCUGGGUUUGAGUUAGCAAGGGAGAGGCCAGCUUAACAUCUGCAAAGUUCAUUCAUCCCUCUACUAUCGUACUGAAGGCCAGGAGUUGGCAUCCUGGAUGGCACAGGGGUGCCCUUAAGAAUUUUAAGAACCCCACCCUCCUCCAUCCCUCAUUACAAGUAGCUUAAGUUCUCCGUACGGUUUGACACGAUCAUGUCUUCAGCUUCUGCGUUCAACUCUAGGACAGAGGUCUUCAAACUCGGCAACUUUUAAGACUUGCGGAUUUUAACUCCCAGAACCCCACUGGGAGCCGAAGUCCACAAGUCUUAAAAGUUGCCAAGUUUGGGGACCCCCCCUGCUCUAAGACAAGCUGACAAAGGGGAAGACUCGUAAAAUUUACAAGAAAUAAGGGGAAAAUGAAGAUGGUCGAACUACUGUUGAUUCCAGCAGUUCGCCGCGUAUAUUUUUUUACCCAAAGAGACUCCC